UGUGUUUUCUCAGCUGCAGGUUGACUGCAUAGCUUCAGGCCAAAUGUUACGUCACAUGAACACCAUUGAUGUCAGCAGAGAUUUGACUAAAUCUGAUGUUACAGAACAAUCAGUAUUAUUUAAAAUUCAUCCUUUUUUUAAAAAAAAUUCCUGGAAGUAUACUCAGAUUUUUGCUAAAGAACACAUUUAUUUUGGUAGAAUUACAAUGAAAAUAGUGAAAUUUUGAAAUUGUUAUAAUAAGAACUCUUUAAUGAAGCUUCUUUUUUGCUCAGUACAUUGUUACAUCAUCCCUACAGGAUUUAUCUUUUUAUUUUAUUAAGGCCUUCAAAUGGGACUAGCCUAUGAACAGCAUAACUGUGCGUGGCCCAGACUAAAACUGACCAGACAGUGAUUAAAUAUCGCUUAUUUUCAAUGUCUAUGAAUUGUUUGGACGUAUUUUUUCAUAUACUGCUAAUAUUAAAGAAGAAAUAUAAGUGUAAACGAUCUUUAACGUUGUCGUGGCCAGUUUGAACCAGUUUACAGUGUCUUCGGUGGAACAUGUCUCUACACAUCUCCACUUUCCUCAGACUUAGACACUUUCAGCCCAAAACUCUUCUACUGACUGGUGGUCUCUGAUGACCUCACAUCCUGUUUCCCACUUCCUCCUGAGUGAAGCGGUUUAGGACGGUCGGGUCCACGGUGCAGCGUGGAUGAUUGGGCGCGAUUCCUCGCAUAUAUACUGACGGCGGUCGUUAGUGGAAGGUUAACCGAGUGCAGUGGUCGGUUUAAAGCGGUACCACAGACGUGGCCAUGCCGUGUGAGACUCACUGACAGAGGAGAAGAGUGUGUUGUUGCAGUUUUGACACAAUGAAGACAAAAGAGGGGACGAUUAUAAACCAGGGCCUGGAGGAUGAAAUGGAGGUGUGGGGCUACCGGCCAUGUCUGUGGAAGAUGAUCCUCGUCGGAAUGGCUGCGGUGUGCUCCGGUGGUCUUCUCCUGCUGCUGCUCUACUGGUUACCUGAGUGGGGCGUGAAGGUUACCUGCACACACACCUCGCUGAGGGACGCACACACACUCCUGCUCAGGACCACAGAUGAGUUCAGGCAGUGGUUUCGAACUACAGUACAUGUCAUGUUGGCUCCCAGGAGGAAACCCUUUGACAGUUUGACUCAAAAGUCCACAGGUCAAGUUUCGAAUGAAGACCACAUUGUCAGUAGUAUUCCAGAGGAGCAGCAUCAGAUACACUACUUCACUCACCACAGCACUACGUACUUCUGGAAUGAUGAGACCCAGACUUUUGACUUCCAUAAAGGCUUGGAGGAUUUGAAGGUGAGCUGCGCUUCCAUUCACUCAGACCACAGCAGUGGACUGUCCAAGAGUGUUCAGAACUACAGGAGGCUGUUUUUUAGUGAGAAUGAAAUCGCUGUGAGGGUUCCCUCUCUUUUUAAGCUCCUAAUAAAAGAGGUCCUGAAUCCUUUCUACAUCUUCCAGCUCUUCAGUGUUAUUCUGUGGAGCGUAGAGGAUUACUACUAUUACGCCACUGCCAUUGUUUUUAUGUCUGCCAUUUCUAUAGCUACCUCACUGUACACCAUCAAGAAGCAAUACGUGAUGCUGCAUGACAUGGUGGCGGCACACAGCGUGGUCCGUGUUUCUCUGUGCACUGGAAAUAACGAAAUUGAAGAGGCGAUGUCUACAGAGCUUGUGCCCGGUGAUGUCAUCAAUAUUCCGACCAAUGGGAUGAUUAUGCCAUGUGAUGCCGUGCUCAUCCAUGGAACCUGCAUUGUAAAUGAGAGCAUGCUGACAGGAGAGAGUGUUCCAGUUACCAAAACCAGUGUUCCCAGCUCAGGUGAUGACGCCGCCAGGAGUUACAACAUGGAGGAGCACAAGAGACACACUCUGUUCUGUGGUACUCAUGUGAUCCAGACUCGCUUCUACACUGGUGAAUUGGUGAAGGCUGUUGUGGUCAGAACAGGCUUCAGCACAGAGAAAGGUCAACUGGUUCGCUCCAUCCUCUACCCUAAACCCACCGACUUCAAACUGUACCGUGACGCCUACCUGUUCCUGCUCUGUUUGGUGGGCGUGGCAGGGAUCGGCUUCAUCUACACCAUCGUCCUCAGUGUGAUGAACAAGGUUCCAGCGAAGACCAUCAUCAUUGAGUCUCUGGACAUCAUCACCAUCACUGUGCCUCCAGCCUUACCAGCCGCAAUGACUGCUGGGAUUGUGUACGCGCAGAGGCGUCUCAAGCGGGUCGGCAUCUUCUGCAUCAGCCCCCAGAGGAUCAACAUGUGUGGUCAACUGAACCUGGUUUGCUUUGACAAGACAGGUACUUUGACUGAAGAUGGUUUGGACCUGUGGGGGAUACAGAGAGCUGAGAAUGGCAGCUUUUCUCCUGCAGAGUCAGACGCAGCCAAAGAGAGUCUGGUGAAGUCAGCGUUUGUGGCCUGCAUGGCGGCCUGCCACUCACUGACAAAAAUUGAUGGUGAACUGUGUGGGGAUCCUUUGGACCUGAAGAUGUUUAACGCCACGGGCUGGGUCCUAGAGGAGCCCACGGAGGAGGAGACAGCCCUCCACAACCCCAUCAUGCCUACAGUGGUGCGACCUCCGAAGCAUAUCCUUCCUGAAACCAGUCUGAACCAUCACCUGUCUGAAAGCAUGGAGCUUCCUGAAACAAGACUCUUUGAGAUCGGUAUUGUGCGUCAGUUCCCCUUCUCCUCGGCGCUGCAAAGGAUGAGUGUGGUGGUCAGAAAGUUGGGUGAAAAGCACAUGGAUGCUUACCUGAAAGGAGCUCCGGAGGUCGUGGCUGCUCUCUGCAAGCAGCACUCAGUCCCCCAGAGUUUCACAGAGACUCUAGAGAGCUACACCAGACAGGGCUUCCGGGUCAUCGCCCUGGCACACAGACAGCUGGAGUCCAAACUCUCAUGGCACAAAGUCCAGAGCCUCAGCAGGGAGCUGAUAGAGACCAACAUGGAGUUCCUAGGUUUGAUCAUCAUGCAGAACAAAAUAAAGCAGGAGACGACGGGGGUUUUAACUGAACUCCGAGCAGCCAACAUCCGCACUCUGAUGGUCACAGGUGACAACAUGCUGACGGCCAUAUCUGUUGCCAGGGGCUGUGGGAUGGUCCAGGCCAAUGAGAAGGUCAUCAUAGCGGAUGCUUUGCCUCCUAAGGAUUUCCAGCCUGCUAGUAUCACGUGGUGUUACACAGUAAACCCUGCUCUGAUCAACAAAGACAAUCAGUGCGUGGAGAUAAAUGUGGAGGAAGUCGUUUGUGACCAGGACCACACCGUGCAGGAGGACAGAUAUCACUUUGCUUUGAGUGGCAAAGCUUUUGAUGUUAUUACUGAACACUUCCCUCAUCUAAUCCAGAAGCUUGCGCUGCGAGGCACCGUGUUUGCCAGAAUGGCUCCGGAUCAGAAGACUCAGCUGGUGGAAGUCCUGCAGGGCAUCGACUACACUGUCGGGAUGUGUGGUGAUGGUGCAAACGACUGUGGAGCCCUGAAGAGAGCUCACAGUGGGAUUUCUUUGUCUGAACUGGAGGCUUCCGUAGCUUCACCCUUCACUUCCACCACAUCAAACAUCACCUGUGUCCCCAACCUCAUCAGAGAGGGCCGGGCUGCCCUCAUUACAUCCUUCUGUGUCUUCAAGUUCAUGGCUCUGUACAGCAUCAUCCAGUACCUCAGUGUCACGCUGCUCUACUCUAUCCUCAGUAACUUAGGAGAUUUCCAGUUCCUCUUCAUUGACAUUGCCAUCAUUCUCAUCAUUGCCUUCACGAUGAGUCUGAACCCAGCGUGGAACGAGCUGGUGUGGCGCCGUCCUCCGUCCAGCCUCAUAUCUGGGCCACUGCUCUUCUCGGUUCUGACCCAGAUCCUCACCUGCCUCUUUUUCCAAGUUCUGUCCUUCCUCCUGGUGAAACAGCAGAGCUGGUAUGAGAUAUGGACUCCACAGUCAGACGCCUGCAACGUUACCCGCACCAGUUUCUCCAGCCACAACGUGACAACUCCUCACGACCACAAAAACAUUAAGAACUACGAGAACACCACCCUCUUCUACGUCUCCUCCUUCCAGUAUCUGGCUGUGGCCAUCGUCUUCUCCAAGGGGAAGCCCUUCAGACAGCCAAGCUACAAGAACUGGCCCUUCAUGCUCUCCUGCAUUGGCUUGUACAGCUUUCUGCUGCUCAUCCUGCUUCACCCUUUCCCUGCAGUCGACAGGUUUCUGGAGAUCGUGUGUGUUCCCCAAGACUGGCGCGUCACCCUUGUUGUCAUUGUGGUGGUGAAUGCAGCCGUGUCUUUCAUCCUUGAGAUGUUCAUCCUUGACAUCAUCCUGUGGAGGCUAGUUUUCAGAGGCCAUAAGGGGCAGAACAGAGCCCCAGAGUCCCAUGCCUCUGCAACACCUCAGGUGGCCAACGACCGCUGGGCCUCAUCCUGCCUGAAGUGGCUUUUUUGUCAGAAAAGCAAAAAACCAAGGAUGUUAUACAUGCAGGUGGCCCUGGAACUGCAAGAUGACCUGGACUGGCCGCCCCGACCUUCCUCUGUCACCUACGCCACUCAGCCUCAGUGGGAUGUUUCAGCAAAUCUCUGACAGACGCAAACAAAAAACAAAAACUGAUCAACAAAAGUAAAGUACUGUACAGACUGAACGUGGAGCCUGACAGGUAAGAAACUGAGUUUGGAGAUGAAACUGAUCUCCAUGAACACACACACACACGUGGUUGACAGACUGCCUGCACAGCAGAGUAAGACGUUUCAGGUGAACUUGACUUUGAGGUGACACAAGGCUGUGAUCACACACACAACUGGUAUUAUUUUAAUCUAGAUAUAAAAUUAAAUUAUUAUAUUAUAUUUCAAAAGGUGUUUUGAAGUUGAUGCCAGAUGAUCAAAACUCUUUUAUUAUUACAUCUUAGUUAAAUCAUAGCUUAACUAACAGAUGAAUAAAUAAAUGCGAUGUUAGCCUGUGGCAUUGAGAUGUAGUUAAAAUUGGUGACAGUUCAAAAAAAAAAAAAAGAUAAACGUUAGCUUACUUAAGCCCAAAAUACAUUCACAAG